AUGCCGAUGAGAAAGGCAGAUGGGGCAGGAGUGGCCAACUUCAUCAAAGAAAACAUAAUCUGUAGGUUUGGCAUACCCAAGGUGAUGUUGUCUGAUAAUGGGACCCCUUUUGUGAACCGCCAUGUGGGAAGAUUGUUGGACGCCUUCCAGAUCAAGCACCACAAGUCUACUCCAUACUAUUCUCAAGGGAACGGACAAGCUGAGGCAACCAACAAAAUCCUCAUCCGAAUACUGAGUAUAUUGAUGGAUAAAGUAGAGGGCACAUGGUUCGAACAACUCCUCGUAGCACUCUGGACAUAUAGAAUGUCAAAGAGCAAGCCAACUCAGGCAACCCCAUUUUUCCUAGUAAAUGGGUCCGAAGUUAUGUUACCAGUUGAGUUGGCGGUACCCUCAGCAAGAAUGGCUAUGCUAGCACACUUAGUUCCAGAUAGUAGGAAGAAUGACAUAGAGGUAGCUGAAGAAAGAAGAGAUCGGGCCACGCGAACAAUGGAAAAGUAUCAUCAGUCUAUGGCUUGCGCCUACAAUCAAUCUGUUCAACACAAGGAGUUCAAUGAGGGGGACUUGGUAUGGAAAACAGUGGACGCAAUCAUGUGGAGACAACUAAUCCCCAAGUUCUCGCCAAGAUGGAAAGGUCCUUACAAAGUUUCUGAGGCAAGCAGUAACAGAUAUUACAAGUUGACAAGAGUAGAUGGUGGGUUUAGGACUGGCCUUAUCUAUGCUAAGUAUGUAAAGGAGUAUUUUCCUUAA